UGGGGUAAAAGUCCCGCCCCGCCCCGUCCGGGCCACUUGCUGCCCGGCCUUGGAGUUCGGGGAGUGGCGUGCGUCCACUGCCAAGACCAUGGCUGAGCAGGGGACAGAGGCCCAGGCGGACAACCCCGUGACCCCAGCGGAACCGGUACAGCAGCCCAGCGUGGCCGAGCGCGUGACCAACCUGCCACUCAUCAGCUCCACCUGCGACAUGGUGUCGGCCGCCUACACGUCCACCAAGGACAGUCACCCCCUGCUAGGGACUGUGUGCGACGCGGCAGAGAGGGGCAUGAGGACCCUGAGGGCAGCGGCGGUCAGCGGGGCACAGCCCAUCCUGUCCCGGCUGGAGCCUCAGCUGGCAUCAGCCAGCGAAUACGCCCACAGGGGGCUGGACAAGCUGGAGGAGAACCUGCCCAUCCUGCAGCAGCCCCCGGAAAAGGUGCUGGCAGACACCAAGGAGCUCGUGUCUGCGAAGGUGUCAGAGGCCCGGGACGCCGUGUCCCAUACGGUGUCGAGCGCCAAGGACUCCGUGGCCACCCGCGUGGCGGGUGCGGUGGACAUGACCCGCGGGGCCGUGCAGAGUGGCAUGGACAUGACCAAGUCGGCCGUGACCAGCGGUGUCCAGUCCGUCAUGGGGUCUCGCGUGGGGCAGAUGGUGCUGAGCGGGGCGGAGACGGUGCUGGGGAGGUCGGAGGCCUGGGCCGACAACCACCUGCCCAUGACGAACGCUGAGCUGGCACGCCUCGCCACGUCCCUGGAGGGCUUUGACAUGGCCUCAGUGCAGCAGCAGCGACAGGAACAGAGCUACUUCGUGCGCCUGGGCUCACUGUCAGAGCGCCUGCGCCAGCACGCGUACGAGCACUCUCUGGCAAAGCUGCGCAGCACUAAGGAGCAUGCGCAGGAGGCGCUGCAGCAGCUGGCGCAUGCGCUCAGUCUGGUGGAGACUGUGAGAGGGGGAGUCGACCAGAAGGUGCUGGAGGGGCAGGAGAGGCUGCAACAGAUGUGGCUGAGUUGGAACCAGAGAGCGUCACAGGGCACUGAGGACCCGGCCAAGCCAGAGGUGGAGUCUCGGGCGCUGGCCAUGUGCCGCGAGAUGGCGCAGCAACUACACAGCGCCUGCGCGUCCCUGGGCGCCAGCAUCCAGGGGCUGCCCGCGCAGGUGAAGGACCAGGCCCAGCAGGCACGCCGCCACGCCGAGGACCUGCAGGCCACCUUCGUGGGCGCCCGCUCCUUCCAGGACCUGCCCGCCAGUGUCCUGGCACAGAGCCGCCAGCGCGUGGCCCAGGCACGUGAGGCCCUGGAGCACGUGGUGGAGUCGGUGGCCCAGAACGUGCCGGUCACGUGGCUGGUGGGGCCCUUCGCCCCGGGAAUCACCGAGAGAGCCCCAAGCGAGGAGAAGUAGACGGAGGGGGCCUAACGGGGCAGAGCCCUUGGGGGGCGACUCUCGUCCCAGUAACUGGUGCUAGUGUUGCUCAAUAAACUUUCUCCGCAGCUUA